AUGCUAGUCAAAUCUGCCAGGGCCCACGAUCAUGUCAAGCACCUCGGCGAAUGUUUCCGAAUCUUGGAGAAGUACGGGAUGAAGCUAAACCCCGCGAAGUGCACAUUCGCCGUCACCUCAGGAGAAUUCCUCGGGUAUGUUGUGAACCAACGCGGGAUAGAGGCAAACCCGAAGCAGAUCUGGGCGAUCCUCAACCUCCCAUCGCCGACAUCCUCCAAAGAAAUCCAAAGGCUCACCGGACGGAUCGCCGCAUUGAACAGAUUCAUCUCGCGCUCAACCGACAAAUGUCUCCCCUUCUACCAAUUGGUUCGAUCAAACAAGAAGUUCGAGUGGGACGAAAAAUGCGAAGACGCUUUCAAACAAUUUGAAAGAGUAUCUCACUACCCCACCAAUUCUCGCGAAACCCGAAGAAGGCGAGACCCUAUUCUUAUAUAUCGCAAUAUCAAGCACGGCGGUAAGCGGAGUCCUUGUCCGAGAAGAUCGAGGAGAGCAGCAGCCAGUCUUCUACGUCAGCAAAACCCUCAAUGA